AUGCCAUCAGCACCGCCCCAACGACCCAUCACCCGCAUCCUGAUCGCCAACCGUGGCGAGAUAGCCAUUCGGAUACUGCAGUCGUGCCACGAACUGCCCAACCCGCCGACAACGUUCGCGCUCUACACGGACAAUGACAGCACACAUGUCACCCUUGGGCGACCACACCAUGCAAUCAAGGCGCCCAGCCCGGCAUCAUACAUGAACAUCGACUACCUGAUCGGCGUGGUGAAGCAGAACCACAUCGACGCCGUGCACCCCGGAUACGGCUUUCUCAGUGAGAGUGCCGAAUUUUCGCGGCGGAUGUGGACAGAGGCGGGCUGUAUGGUGGUGGGACCUGGGUGGGAGGUGCUCCAACGCACGGGGGACAAGCUGAUGGCUAAGUCCCUCGCGGCCGAGUGUGGCGUGCCUGUCCUCCGCGCGAUGGACCAGCCGACGGGCAGCGUGCAAGACGUCAGGAGGUUUGCAGGGCAGGUCGGCUACCCCUUGAUGAUCAAGGCCGUGGAUGGCGGCGGAGGCCGGGGGAUUCGACUCGUCAGGAGCGAGGACGCGCUCGAGAAUGCCGUACAGAGAUGCGUCAGUGAAUCGCCCAGUCGGCUGGUCUUUGCAGAGCAGGCCGCCGUGGAUGGGUACAAGCACAUUGAGAUCCAGAUCAUCGGGAAUGGAAAGGGUGGAGUCAAGCAUCUCUGGGAACGAGACUGCAGUGUCCAGCGGCGGUUUCAGAAGAUCGUCGAAGUCGCCCCUGCGCCUGUUGCAGACCGGACUGUCGUCGCCCAGGUCAUCGACUCGGCCGUGAGGAUGGCCACGCGGCUGGAAUACUUGGGCCUCGGCACCUGGGAGUACCUGGUCAACGUCCAUCAGGGCAAGUUCUUCUUCUUGGAGAUCAACCCGCGACUGCAGGUCGAACACACCAUCACCGAAUGCAUCACGGGAGUGGAUCUGGUCAAGGAACAGCUGCUAUUGGCUCAGGGGAGGCAGGACCUUCAGGGGAUUCCGUCUGGAAACGCGGACCAGGCACCACCACACUCGGCCUCGAUCCAGCUGAGACUGUGUGCCGAAGAUCCGCUGUCAGGGUUCUCUCUAAGCAUCGGGAAGGUCACAGACGUGCAGUUGCCCACGGGCAACGGAGUCAGGGUGGACAGCCACCUCUCGCGCGGAGGCGUCGUGGGAUCAGACUUUGACAACAUGAUGGCCAAGAUCAUCAUCACUUCCUCGACGUUCGGUGACUGUGUCGUGAAAGCGCGACGAGCCCUGGAAGAGACAAAGGUCGUGGGGGUCAAGACGAACUUGAACCUCCUCAAGGCUAUCCUAACAGACAACACCUUUGCAUCAGGCGAAGCCGAUACAAGGUGGCUAGAAACGAACCUGGAGGGCCUCGUCCAGUCGGGUGAACAACUGGCCAGCACAACCGACAGGCUCGAUUCCUCCAUACCGACACUAUCACUGGGUAGCAGCAGCCGCGCACCGGCCAGUGCUCCCUCGGCCGCGCCCUUCAGGAAAGGUGACGCUUGGACCGUGGUGCUAGAAGACCCCAGGACCACGUCGCCGGAAACAGCGAAGCCGCCGGCGCAUCAUCUCGCCAUUGAACGGGUCACGCGCAAUGAAUUCCCGGACGCCCUAAUCGCCGACGUCUCGUACACCGUGCCGGGCCAACAGCCUCAAAGCUACAAGAUGACACUCAACAGCACGACGGCCUCUGCAGACGCCACUGCAUCAACUCACAGAAGGGGCGACCCCGGCAACAAAACACAUAUUAUACUACCCAUGAGUGGGAAGCUGGUCGAGGUUCUGGUCGAGGAAGGGGAUGAGGUCAGAGAGAACGAAGUGAUAGCAUUUGUCAAGCAGAUGAAGAUGGAGUUGGAAGUCAGAAGUCCCAGGGCAGGUGUCGUCAAGUGGGCAAUUAAGCUAGAAAACGAGGAGGGCGACGACGUUGCUGAAGGGACUUUAUUAGUGGAAUUGGAAGAGGAGAAUGUACAGAUGCCCGAGAUUAGAGCCAGGCUGUAA